AUGGGCGAUAUUAAAGAUAUUUGUUCGAAUAAAAAUUGUAUUAAUAGUCGAUGUAUUAAAUAUUCAAAUAAUCAAGAAGGUAUGAGUUUUUGUCAUUGUUAUCAACGAUGGUCUGGAAAAUAUUGUACAAUACAAUAUAAUUGUAUAUGGGGUUCACUUUGUUUACUUUCAAAUAAUGUGUGUCAAUUAAAUGAAAAUAGUACAUGUUAUAAUGGUGGUCAAUAUCCACCUGUUGAUGAAUAUUUAGUAUCAGAUAAAGAAUUCAUUUGUAUUUGUCCAAAAGGUUAUAGUGGUGAACAAUGUAAAAUAGUAGAUAAUAAAAUUAUAUUAUCAUUUCAUACAGAUAUAAUUAUGCCACAUUCAAUAAUAUCGGGUGUCCCAGGAAUAAUGAGCCUCCCAGUAUUUUUAAGAUUUCCUGUCUAUUAUCACUGUAAGUAA